AAACACAAAUAAGGAAGAGGUGAUCAGAGGAGCAAUGAGGCAUUUCAUUGUUAAAUAAUAAAUAUAUUAACUUGAUAUGUAAGUACAUUUUUAAUCUUUUCUACGUGAAGUGGACAAGUAUUCAAAAUAUGAAAUCAGCUUUUAACUAAACUACAUUUCCGACGGCAAAAACCAAAAAUCAGUUGUUAUUCAAUGUGAAUGAAUUCUUUACAAAGGGACUUCAUUUUGUAUUCAUCUUAAUCUAUUAAACUUUACUUGUGUUUAAUGUUUGCCUUUUUGCCCUGAUUAUUAUAUUAACUUGUCUUUAACAUUUAACGAUUGUAAUCCACUGAAGAUUGCUCUUUAUGACACACAAAACAAUGUUAAUUAUUCCUACAAAAGGAUGUGUAAAACAUUUCAACAGAUAUCAUUUUAAAAAGAUUAAAUUCCAAGAUUAGCAAAUUGAGACAUGAAAAUUUAAUAUUGAAUUUAUUUACAUAUUAAAAUACAAUUUUAUUUUAUUGAGAGGGUUUAGACCUAUUUAACUUUAAAUAAUUUUAUAUUUUUACAUCUCAAAAACAGAAAUAUGAUAACAAAAAUCACGACAUCAAUUGUGUCAUGGUCUAUGCUUAUUCUGGUACAGUAUGUUAUCUACAGUUCAGAACAAUGUAAGUUGGAAUAUAUUCAUCAUAAGUUUUUCAUUGAAGGAAAACACCAAAGAGAAAAAAUCUUUAAGUUAAUUAACCAAAACUUAAAAUAUUUUGAUAAAGAGUUAGUUAAAUUUAGUCAAAUGGUGUCAAAAACAAUUAUUUUUAAUUGUUUUUUUUAUUAAUUUCAUUUAAAGAAAUGGUACUCUGCUUAUCACUGGCAGUCGAUUUGAUUUAUUUUCGUUUUAUUUUUUGUAUUAUUGUAAGUAUGGUAGUUUUUAAAACAAAAUGAAUAAUAUUUUGAGUGCAUUAUGAAAUAAUUAAUGUACUUGAACCAUUUACCCAUAACAGCAUGUACUACAACAGACCGUUUCAAUAACGCAUGGUUUGGUGCAGUUUGCCAGUACAAAUGUCACUGUAAGAACAAUGUAGCUUGUAAUGUUAUCAAUGGUGACUGUCCUAAUGGCUGUGAUAUUGGAUGGUUUGGUCCAGCUUGUCAGUAUGGUAGGUCAUUAUUGAUAAGCCCUACGCAAAACAUGUAAACUUUCUGUCUGGACGUUUUCCCCACUCAAUUAUGUCUCCAUUCUCACUCUGUACUUUUUAAAAAUUAUUAUAAACAUAUUUUCCUUUUCUUUAACACUUUUUUCUGUCUUUAAGAAAUAAGCCUAUCUCGUAAUUUCAUCAUAAUGAUAUGGUCAUAUUUUUUUAAUUAUCUAAACGUAUUCUCAAAUGAAAGGCCAACCUCGAAUUAGAACCUUGUUAUUCUCAAAUGAAAGGCCAACAUCCAGUUAGAACCUUGUUAUUUUGUGUUUCCUGCAAAAAUGGCUCAUUAUAAGGGUUCCAUCUUUUGUACCAUGAUAGAAGGGUUGAUUAACUGUUGUACCAGGAUAGAAAGGUUGAUAAACUAUUGCACAGGGGAAAUAACUCAUUUUUUUCUUUAAAAUAUCGAAAUGGAACCAUGUUUUUCUAGGGGUGGGGGGGGGGGGCGAGUUCUUAAACAUACGUAAUGUUUUUGUCAAAUAAUAUUUCGUUAUCAAAAGCAUUACUCUUAAAGUAGGGUAAUAAGGGGAGAGACUGCAAUCAGGUUAGCACAAUACAAAAUGAGUAAAACAAAGUAGGAUUAAAACUGACGAAGGCUUUCUGCCGACAUGUUUGUUGCUUUGGUACGUAACUUUUCUCAGGUUUGGCCCCACUUUGUUUUACUCAUCUUAAAGUAGAGAUUGGUGUUAAUUAUAAUAUGUUUGAUGAUACUAGGCUUUCAAAAAUAUUUUGAUCAAAUAAAAUGGAAACUAAAAAAAUUAGAUAUAUAUAUUUUUAAAAAUAAGAAUUGAACAGGCUUAAACAAACAGUGCACAAUUCAUCAGUUAUCAUAUCGAAAGCGUUUGUGUUUUCUUUAAAUUUUAAAUUUGCUACGAUUUUAACAAAGUUUCCUGCAUAACAGAUAUUUAAAGUGCUCAAUACAAUAAAAGCACCUUGGUGUAAUUCACUCCCUGAGUAUGACAAGUAUUUCCUUGUCACGACAUUGUACUAUCUAUAAUGAUAUGAUUGAUGAGGUUACAAGCGCGCGCACCAGGUCGACCCAAGACUUGUAGCAUGGCAGUACGUCUACCAAAAGCACUACGAUGUACAAUCGCUAAUUGUAUACUGGUGUAUACGCCUAAGUCUAUGUGAAACUUGAGGCAGUUCAGCAUGUGUUAUUAGGACUAUAUCAAUUAUAGGUGUUGGUCGACGCAUGCAUACGUGGAUCUUUAGGGGACAAGGCUCUCUGUCGCAUACCUAACAAUGGCGAUCUCACUGUAAAUGGGUACAUUAAGUGAGAUUGUUAUAUAUAUAUAAAUAUAAAUAUAUUUAAUUUUUUUUUGGGGGGGUUGGGUUGGAGGGGGGUGUUAUUUGUUUUAGAAUAAACAUGUUUUAAAUUAUAUCCAAGGGUAAAUUAGUAUUUUAUGUAUAAACAAAGAUAAUUUGAAAAUCCAAAUUAAAAAAAUAUAGUUUGAAAGUCCUAAUAAAAAUUUCAAUCAAUUUAUUUUGGGUAAUGUAUGCUUUAUUUUGUAAACAACUCAUGUCUUCUUUACAUAUAACGCCGCUCAGAUACGACUAACAAAAAUGACCAGUUUUAAGAACCCAUAAAACGAUUUGAACCUUCUAAUUAACAUUUUUUUUUCAAAUUUUCACUCGUAAAACUUGAACAUUUUUAGCAAAGGUAAUUAUUUCACAUAAGUUGAUUAUUGUAUUUUUUUUUCAUUUACGUUCAACAUAUGAAAUGAUGUUUGCAGUGCAUUUUGUGAUUAAAACGUUUUUUUUUUUCCUACUGAAUAUUAAUGUAUUAACUAUAUAAUUAACACCAAACAGUUUAAAAUUAAAAAAAAAGCUGCAUUACACUUUUUAUUAAUAUAAACCAAAUACUUGCGUAAUACAAAUAUGUUAAGCAGAACCGUCACUCGUCUUUCCGAGGCCCCUUUUUCACUUUUCGGUAUUGUCCUCCCCUCACCUUGCAUUGAAAGAUGGAACGUAUGAAUAUAUCCAAAUCACAUCUUCAAGCCCCUAAACAUUCAAGGUCCACUUCAGUUUUAGGAUUUCUGGGCCACACGAUGUUCCUAAGGAUAUGUGACACCCACAUUUUUUUUUUAAACUAGCAUCUCUUUCAUUGCUCUCCAAGUGUAGCGUGAAGCAAAACUAAAUUAAAGAAUUUGACAAAAGGCAUUCUUGUAUUUUGAAUUUAUCAAAUUUUUUUUUUUUUGGUACUUUAAAUAUCUAUUUGGCAAUAUUAAGAUAGGAAAAAUACAUACUAACACGGGUGCCACAAAGGAAUGAAUUUAGUUCAUAUCCCGUUGGUGCGGCGUUAAACAUGUCCGUGGUCAUUAUUAUUGCCAAUUUUGGCACUUCCCUCACAAAAUUUUGAAAUGUCGCCCUAAAAAUUGUCUGAAAGAAACAUCGAAUGUAUGAGCAAAAAUGCACCCCUGCAUUUUUAAUUGAUUCGACUUUCUUCAGCAGCCUUAAUUUCUGCAACACUUCCUUUCACGCUUAUUAAUGUUGCAGUACGGGAUUGAAUAUAAUCUUCGGCCCAUAGAUUACCCUAGGGCGAGCCACAACUAAAGUGAAUUUAGUUUAUGUAUGACACUGACAUCAUAAUGCCUGCCAGACCUUUAAAAAUUAUUUCCAAUUAGCAAAAAGUGAAAUAAAAGCAUUGAAUUCAACUACAUUCCAAAAUUCAUAUCCUUAUCUUGAAAUAAUAAAAAAAAAAUUUAGGAGGAGUUCACUCCGUCGUUGCCAUAGAUCAUCUAAAAAUAACGUCAAAUUGGAGAUGGCGUCGGUGGGUCGUCGAGCGUGAGCUCAUAAUAGCCCCCCUCCGGCACACCUCCACGCGGGCCGAAGCCGGGUCUCCCCGUGAGCAGACCGUGCGGAAGCACACCGGGAAUCUACCCUGGCCUGGGGGACGCCGGUUGACUGAGGACGCUGCGUUUAAAGCGUUCGCGGUCCACUGUUCUUGGGUCUGAACGGCUUUGCUUCCUCUCCGUGGGAAAGACGUUGCGUUACCUUCCCCUUACCGUCCAGGGAGUGGUCGGUCGGGAAGAAAGCAAGGAUGAAACGUUUCCAUUCAUCUCGGCUCUAUGCUUUUCUUUCUAGUAUCCCACACUAUGCUUUUCUGCCUCUUUCUCACGUCCUUGUGUAUUUUUAAGGCUUCCUCGCUUUUUUCUUCCUCGGGAAUCCAUGUUAGGAAUCGUCUGGUAAUGUUAUCUGCCUUAUCCAACUCCAUAUUUUACUUAUUAUGUCAUUUGCAAAAGGCUCGUGGUUUGCCCUUUCUAGUAAGUCUUUGUUGGUGAUGAUGUUUUGGCAUUUGAUCUUUAGGAUCUUUCUAGGGCAAUUGUUUAUAAAGGUGGAAUUUUUCUGAUUAAUACUUGCUGCUGUUCCUCAAGUUUUGGCUCAAUAGAGUAGGACUGUUUUGACAUUUCUGUUGAAAAUACUACUUUUGUUUGAAGAUUAAGCUCUUUUGACUCCCAUAUUUUCCUAUUCUAGGCUUGAUAUCCGCUUCGGAUGCACCGUUUCAGUCAAUGGUGUUCCCUAAGUAUUUGAAAGCAUCCACUUCUUCCAGUGCAUUUACUACCAGAGAGAUAUACUCUUGGUUGGCUUCGUUUGCCUUUAUGAUCUUUGUCUUGCUUUUAUUUAUAUAAAAUAAAAGAAUGAUUCAUCUGCGCCCUCUAUUUCUAACCUAAAUCCCAAUAAAAAAGGGACGCUAAUUAAGAUGACGAAAGGCGUAGCUAAUAUAAUUGUCACCAUGCGGCCAAAAUGUUUUGCCGCAAUACCUUCUCACGACACAAAGUCUGCAUUUUUCAGAAAAUGAUGCAACUCUAUAUAAAAAAAAAAGUGAGACCUGAAUGAACAAACUCAUACUCCCCCUUUCUACGAAUGGUUAAGCGGCAGGAGAUAUGAUUUAUUUUUGCGCCACCCCCCCCCACCAACCACCACCAUUAAACCUGAAACUAAUUUUUUCCAAACCAUUAAAUCCCAGCAAAGCCCAUUUUGUUUCCCCUUUCUACGAAUGGUUAAGCGGCAGGAGAAAUGAUUUAUUUUUGCGCCCCCCCCCCCCCCCCAACCACCACCAUUAAAUCUGAAACUAAUUUUUUUCAAACCAUUAAAUCCCAGCAAAGCCCAUUUUGUUGUCCCUAUAGUGGGGCGUUCCGGGAAGUAUGUCCCAUAUUCCACCCCUUAGUUAUGCCUCUGGCCUGUGCCAACUUACACUGCCCCACCCUCCCGAAAAUCUGUAAUGCCCCAGUGGGGACAUUGUCUGAAAGAAACACUAACUAAAUGUAAAUUUGAAUAUCACUUUUCACACUUUUCUUGAAUGAUAGCAUAAAUGUAUGGUAUCAUCAUUGCCUUUUCUAUCAGACGUUUGUACUCUUACAAAAUGCUUCUUGAAUGUCUACUGCUCUCAAAGGUUCUUAGAUCGCCACAUUGAUUCCCUGCCAGAGUGAAUACCAACAAAGUUGGCACCUCUGCUGGUUUAGCUUUAUUUGAGGUAUCGUUUAACUGCUCCGGAUUAUGUGCUUUAAGUAGAAAUAUUAUGAACAUUGUUCUACUUUUUUUCCUACGUAUUUCACUUUUAGUUUAUGAACAUUUCAUUUUUUUCUAAAUCUCCACAUGAUCAGAUGAUUAGUUACAUUUGUCUUUUCGUUCCCUUGACUUUGUAAGCCAAGAAGGCUGUCUGCCAAUACGUCCAUUGUUUCGUUUUAUUCUUACUCUAGUUUUUUCCAUCUCGUGCUACACUAUCACUUACAAAAACCUUGUGUAGUCACACGAACGCGUGCAAGGGUUUCUUAGGUCAUGUUAGCGAUGGACAUUUGUUAAGAUCUUCACUCUUCUAAGUACCUUUCGCAUUUAGGGACCUCACAUUUCAAACCUAACCAUUUUGUCGUUAUGUUUAAUUGAUAUUUAAAUAUAUUUUGGCAAUUUAAUUUUAUUUAAAAAGAAUGAAAUUGUUUGCGAAAUACAUUUCCUAUUUUUAAUUCCAAGUGUUUUUACUAGUUUAAGAGAAAAAAAAAUAUUUUUAAACCUAUAAGGUGUAAAAAGUAAUUUGUCUAAUUAGAAUAAAUCGUUUGUAAAAGGCCUAAUUAAUUUGAUAAUUUUUAAUUCAAUUGAAGGAUGCUUAAUUAGUUUUAUCUCAGAUAUUCUUAACAUAGUUUGUCAUUCAUAAACUAUUAACUACGAAUUACCAGUUUUAACUAACGAAAAUAUCUAUAUACAAUUUCUACAAAACAGCCCUUCUUCUCCUUUUCGUACCUUGUAAUUCUUUCUUUCAAAUGUAAUAGUUUUAAAUGCUUAUUUGUGAAAAAAAACUAGUUAUAGAAAUAUUUUUUAUGUCUUUUAAUUCCUUAAAAUUGUAUAUAUGGUCUAACCGUUUUUGUUUGAUAUUAAUUAAAGCAUAAAACAUUUUUUAAAAUGGUACUAAUAUGGAGUUGCCAAAUGUUUUUGAUAAUUAAUAUUUUAAAUAGCACACAUUUCCUAACAGGCAGAAAUAAUUUAUUUCAGCGGAUUUAGCAAAAACUGCGCAACUUACGCUUAGCGACGGCGCAACCCAAGAUGUCACAAAGAUUAUAGAUGGAGAUGAUACAACAUGUGCAGCUAUUACAGGUUCUAGUUUUUCGCUUCAUAUCACAUGGACUUCUAACAUCUACUUCACUUGGUUGAGGCUUUUUGUCGGCAAUGCUGGUAAUUGAAUUAUCUUAGAUGCGUAUUUCUUCGAUACAUUUUUUAAAGUUUUCAAUGCUUUGAUCAUUAUUUAUGUGAUCCCGUAUUUAAUUUUAAAAUGUUGUUUAAAUUUAUAUUUAUACAUUUAUUUUCAGUCAUUUAUAAUACAUUGUAUUUUGUGUCCUGCUUGUUUAGAAUUACAAAAAGAAAGUUUUUCAAUAAAGUUUCCUGAUAAUGUAUCAACACAAAAUUUGGAAUGUUUAAAAGUCUUUGUGGACAAAAAAACAGUGGAUGUAUUUUGCAACAUUUCAAAACCUACCCGACACAUUGUCUUGAACGGAUCAACAGUGAUCACAUUAUGUUCACUCUAUAUUAGCAAAGGUAAUAUUUUAAAAUAGUACACAAUUUUCAACUAAUUAAUCAGUGUUUUAAAUUUAUUUUAAAAUAAAAACAUAAGUUUUGCAUCCAAUUUUAAGACAUUUAAUAAUUGAGGCAAAAGAUAAAUGGAUAAAUGUUGAUACCUUUUUAGUUCACGUUUAUGUACAAGACAUAUUAAAUGUAUUAAAAAAAUGUUUGUUUAUUAUUUCUUUAUUUCAUAACUAUUAGAUCUUAUAAAAAUCGAAAUACUUUUUUUUUUCAUAGAUACAAUUGUGGUUUAGUACCAACUGAGUACUUGCACUUAAUCUAUUGUUGUAAAUGCUUGUAUAUCUCCAUUAAAAAUGUUUGCAAAUUAUUGCUCUUUAAAAUAAUAGACAAUGUCAACUGACCAUUUAAAGCAAGUCUUAAAAGAGGACACUACAAUAGUUUGUACAUAGAAGUCCUGUAAUGAAGCAAAAAACGACUUGGAAAUUAAGGCCCUGAUAACUCAAUAUGUUAGAACUUUUAAAUAUUAACAAUUUUGUUCUUGAAUCAAUUUAUCUUCAGGUCGAAAUGUUGCUUUAAAACAGUCAACAAAUCAAACUUCAACAUAUCGUCAGCCCCCAUUGUUCAUCUCUAGCAACGCUGUAGAUGGUAGUUGUCAACUCCUACACGUCUUCUUGGAUUGAUUACAUUCGUCAGUUCUUUCACACGUUGAAGCGUCGUACUAUUCUAACUAUCAAUUAACAAACUCAACUCCGUUUCAUAAUAACUAUAACUUUAAUAUCUAAGUAAAUAUAAUAAACAUCCUAUCACUCCAAGGUUCCACUCAAGACUGCCGCACGACUACAACAUACGUCACAACACUGCAUAGACAAUACGUCACGACUCAGCAUAAAAAUACGUCAUAAAUACAAUGGCGGGAAGAGCGUUCACUAACUAUAAUAGUCAAGCGCGGGAAAAGCGUUCAACAACUAAUGAACAUAAUAUUGAGUCGCAACAAUUCCUAAUGAACGCUCAUACUCGACAGUAGUACUAACUGGUAUGACAACUCUUGCACGCACACUAAUGACAGUGGCGAGGCUGCUCCAGAGUGGACACUAUAUUUUCAAUCAAUUGUUACAGUGGCAAGUUAUACACUCUACAACCGUAAUGGAAGUAAGUAGUAUGUUCAUACAAUGCAAGGACCACCUUAGUAAAUCUGAAAAUGGGAUGGACGAUAUGUAGAAUCUAGAAUGUUGCCUAAUUAUAAUCAAUGAUUGGCAUCCCCUAAAAUUCACUCGACAUUGUUCUCCUUCCAACAUUUUAUCUUUACCUAGAACAUACCAAUUACCCCGGCGUCAUUCAAAAUGAACUAUUUUCAGUAUUUGACCAUGGAAAAAAUUUACAUUACUAUAUAACUCUGCUUACCCUCUCCAUUUCCAACUGAUACAGAUUUCCAUCAACGUUUUGGCAUCUAAAUCUAUAAUGUUCACGUCUUAACCACAAAUAGAAUGACAUUAUCACAUGUAAGACAUUAACACAUUUCUUAGUUAAUACCGAACGCCUAAAUGUUGAAAAGGGAUCUACUCCAUACUCAGCAGUAUCCAAAUUUCCAUAACAAAAAUAUAACGCAGGAAACCUCACUUCAAGAUUUCCCUUUAAAAUACAAAAUGAUGCUUCCACCAAAACACAAAUACAGUCUCUGAUUUCUAUAUAAAUUUACAGAAAUACACCAUUCAGAUUAAAGAAAAAAAUAUGUAACUUUGCAUUGUACAUGCCACUAUAAUUUAAUAUUUUUAAAUAAAAUAUAUAUAAACUCAUUUCAUUUUCCUUCGAAUAAGUAUCUUUUCUUUGAAACUAUUUGACUGUUAUGUUUUAUAGAUAUUAUGAUUCCUAAAAAUUAACCCAACUUUAACAAGC